AUGGCAUCCUUGCAGGAUGACCUAGCUAAGCUGCUCGUGCCCCUGUCCCCGCGGAGCCGGCAGCAGCUUGAGGCCAAGUGCCUGUCAGCCCAGCCUCUGAACCUGCUUUCGAUUUUGGACACGCCCGCGACGCCCGCUGCUCCUGGCCUUGGUGGCGCCGUGCAGCUUGCAUCCGCCAAGCAACUCGCAGCCGUUUUGCUGGGGAGACGCGUGCAGGAGUGCUGGCACACGCUCAGUGUUGCUGACCGGGCCCAACUGCAAGCCCGCCUUGUCCAUUCUUUGGACUGCGCUCCAGGCGGCAGUGAGUCGGCCACAAUCCUUGCAGACUGCACUGUGGCUGUUGCCCGGCAUCUCGCGGCAGAGGGCGUCCUAUGGCUGGAACUAUUGCUGUGGAUCCGCAAAGUUGCUGCUGAUGGAGAGCGGCUACAUGAGCUGCCUGCCUGUUGCUCUCAGUUUCAUGGCAUGAUGACUCUCCUUAAAGGCCUUUUGAUGUCGCCUCCGUCACCUCCAUGGCGGAACCUUCUUGAGCCUCACCUUACGGAGCUCUGCCAGGCUUGUGUGUCCAUAUUGGAAGGCACACGUUGCCACCAAGAAGGCGAUGCCCAGACUCACGCCAAGAACGCCAUCGAAUGCCUGGGUUCCCUGGCCGCCAUUGUGAGGGGUGAGGAAGCCGCUCGCCUGUUUCAUCACCAGGUGGUCGGAGUGCUUGUCAGUGACGCCAUCAUGGGAAGCGAACUCUGUGAUGCUGCUCUAGAAGCUUUGUCGCAAGCUGCUGCCGCCGACGAGCUGCUCAUCGCCGAUGCCUCCUUCUACCAUUCACCGCCGUCGGAGCUCUGCAGAGUGGUUCGAUUGGCCCUGACGGCCUCCGUGACGCAGCGAGGGUCGAGGAGACUGAAAGCACUCCGCUUGCUUCACAGCAUCGCUGACUCGCAUUCCCGGCUCCUUUGCACGGCGCAGGGUGUCCAGCUUUCGGCAGAGGAGGUCCUACUUUCUUUGGUUGACUUAGUGGCACCGGACGAGGUACGAGUCAAAGCCAACUGUUGGGAAGGGCUCUUCGUGGGGCAGAACUCUGCGGCAGAGAGUGGAGCUGAGUAUGCAUUGCUCACUCGAAUUUCGAAGCGCAUGCCAGACAAACUGGUCCUUCCCCUUAUCUACCGCAGCGCCUGUAGGACCUUGACCGGCUCCGAUCUGCCAAGCAAACUUGCUGCGCUUGCAAGCCUGGGGGCGGUGCUGCCAGGAUGUGCUUCAGGGGUGAAAAGGCAGCUUCACCGAGUUGCCAAACUGGUUUUGCGAGCCUUGGUGCAACCGGCAUUACAUCCUGUGGCCUUCGCAUUAGUCGCUGACUUGUGUGCUCUUAUUCCUGCUGAGACGCGCUGCGGGUCGGCAAGGCUGACCGAGAGAUUGCUUCCUCCUCUUCUACAGCAGCUGCAGCUUUUGCAACUUCAUGAUGUGGGCUUCCCGCAUGCCCUUGCGGCUCUCGAGGCUGCUUGUCCAAGAUCCGCCUGUGGCAGGCUACUGCCUGCUUUUCGACCUCCCCAAAGUGGAGUGGCAGUGCUGAUGUGGGCCUGUGAGAAGUUGGGGGAGCUUGUCCUCCAACACGAUUCCCUGGAAGCUGGGCUGGCAGACAGCAUAGCAAAGAGACUUUGUACUCUCAUCAGUGUGCUGGCUCGGAGACAGCACUCCACACGACACACCGCGGAGAGUGUGAAGGCAGUCGGACGCAGAAUCGCAGCUGUGCUGCAGCAAGUGAUGACCUCCGCUUCCGGUGUAGAGACGCGCUCUGCUGCACUGGAAGCUUCUGGAGCUUGGAUCAAGCUGAUGGCUGAUUCUGGUUCCAGAUGCCCAGAGUUUCUGAACACUUGCUUGCAAGCGGUGGAGAAUGGCCUGCACGACCAGUUUGAGCCUGUGUCUGGGGUGUCCGCAGAAGCAUCGGUGCGAUUCUGCGUCGCACUUGGGCCACUGGCACCCUCACCGGGAGCUGUCGCCGUGGCUGGCUUGGAAUGUUGUGCCCGACGACCCCGACCUGACUUGCUGUGGGCGCUGGCCGCUCUUGUGGCAUCCACGCAAUGCCUGCACGCCGUCUUCGGAGACCUGGCAGCACCGGAGUGGAGUCGACUGGCACAGCUCCUAAGCGGCUUCCUAGAGCAGAGGGAGCUGCGUGGGGCGACCGCCGAGCUGGUGAGGCAUGUUCCGCUGUGCAAGGCGACAGCCGUGCUUCUCGCGCGUUUGGCAGCAGAAGUGCAAGAGGAGGAGAGGGUCGAGGUGUUUCGCAAUCUUUGCACGGCUGCUGCUCACAUGGCAGUUGCCGCUCAGGAAGACUCGUCAACAGAGGUUGCCGAGGCGAUGCAAUUGCUGAGGGAAGCCGCCAGGCUCCGGCAAAGUGCAGCGCCAGCGAGGUCAAGCGCUUUGCAAAGCUCGGACGAGGACUCGUCGGACACUUCCGAUUGCCCCUCAAGCGCUUCAGAAGAGAGUGCCCCCACCGUAGCUUCGACAGCAGAUUUGGAAGGUCCAGGUGCUGGACAGGCUUUGCACGUGCUCUGCCGGGCUGUGGGCCUGACAUAG